AUGAACUUUAUAAACGUUGAAGUCACAGAGGAAGGUCUCGCAGUAACCUAUUCCGACGGCAGCCCUGAUAAUUAUCCUGAUGUUACUACGGUACUUGACACCAGUGGCACUAAAUCACAUUAUAGAACCGUUGGCGAAAAUGAAAGUAAAUUUGAACUUUAUUUAACAAAACUUGGCGAUUGCCUUGGUAAAGCUUUGGUAAAAAAUGAUAUAAUCGUACCAAAAGCUGUCUUAACUGGUCUUCCCAAGGGCUACAAACUAUUUGAAAAUAUCAAGGAAUAUCCACAAAAGCUUAACAAGCCCGCGAGGAAGGAUACAUAUCUUUUUGGUAAUGGUUCCAAGUAUCGGUCACCCGCGGAAUUUGAAGACCAUCUUCUGUGGCUUGCUUCUGAUAAAGAGAUUCCCUGCUUGUGUAAAUAUUGUCACAAAGAUGGACAAAAGGCUUCUCCUUCAUCCUCUGGAUCUUUAAAGUCUCCAAAGUCACCUAAAACCGAAAAUUUCUUCUCUUCAACUAAAAAAUGGUCCUCAGCGCAAAAGGGGAAAUCCAAGGCUUUGAUAAAUGUCAAAGAAGAAAGCUUACUACCGAAAAUAGACAAUAAAUCACGACGUGAAGACAUCGUGUGGGCAAGCGUUCAAUAUGUGUUAAAUCCCGCUCAACGAAAUUCACUACUCAAUGAGAAGGGGGGAGAUCAGAUAAAGUAUUGGCCGGCAAUUGUUCGCGAACGCUCAAGGGCGAUGCACGAUCUUGGUAAUUCUACUAGCAUUGAUUCACCGGAUGCCAUGGUAUUCUAUACUUUGCAGCUGUUAAUGUUAGCUGGAACGAAGAGAGUACAGCAGUACGCUAUUCUUCCAUGGUUAGCUUACAACACCAAUGACUUAAUUCAAUCAAUCGAAAAUUCACUACAUAAUGAUAAUAGUGCACAUCUGUUUAAGAGCUCUGCGCGUGGUGAAUUUGUGGGCAAAUGGUUUAGAGCUAUCGAACAGGCAAGUGAGAUAUCUUCAACAUAUACCCCUAUACUGGAAUAUAAGUAUUGUUUACCAAAUGGCUACCUUAAAUAUAUUGAGCUUGCAAACGAAAGGCGAUUAUUGCAACAAAUGGAAUCUUAUCCUCAUUAUAGAGCUAUUUUUCUGGGUACUGAACUCUUGAAGGAGGAUGACUAUGUUCGUUUGGUACGGCCAUCUCGAGAAUCACACGAGAGACUACCGAUUUUUAAGAUCAAUACUAUCUUUAUGAAUUCUCAAAAUAAAAUUCAAAUGAGUGGGGACAUGUUUCCUAGAGGACCAUCAAAAGGUGAUGGCGAUUCGUUUAUGUUGAAAAAAUUGAAUAAAGACAAGUUUGAGUAUACAGUCGACUUGUCAGAAGUCUCUGGGCGUUUUUACCAACUGUAUACAUCCAUCAAUCAGAGUAUGUCAUGUACUAUUCCCGUAUCCUUCGCAAACAGGAUGUCUAUUAUCAGUGAGACUACAAAAUUGAACGAAGCUGAUGCGAGUAAUCAAACACCAAGGAAACAGAUGGCUAAAAGAUCAAAGCCACUACCCCCUUUACCAAGCAAGAAAGUCAAGGUUGAAGAAACAUCAGUCACAACUGGUGAUUUUGUUUCGCCGCAAAAUAACGAUAGCGCAAAAGCUCUGACUCCUAUUAUUAAUGUUAUGGAAAAUGUCUCCCAAGAAACCGAAAUAGGAAAUCCUAAUGGGAAUGGGAUUUCUACUAGCAUCAAAACUACAUCCAAUUCGAUAAUAGUUUCUCCAAGUCUUCCUUUUUUGAAUGAGAAUGAGGAGGAAAUGUCAGAAGCCGAAUGCGUCUAG